AUAUUCACAAUCACGCGCAGGUUUCUGCUGAGUUUCACCGACUUGGCAAUCAAGAAAGACAUGUGCCCGGCUCGUCUCCCAGCUCUUGUCCGCCAUUCCUGCUCCGGCUCCCGGUCGUCUAAACUAUAUAAGAGCAGCUUUCAGCCGCCUGCAUUGUUCGCAUCCAGUCCCUCUCGCUCCCUUACCACAGUCGCUUGCCCCGAACCGUUCGACCAGGAUGCCGCUUCGCGGUAGGAAGCCCAGGGACAAAGGCUCGUCUCCCAAGCAAUGCAUGUCGCCUCGUCAGUUCGAAGCGUUGACCGCCAUCUGCGACACGCUCGUAUGCGCCCUGCCGGUUCCCACGGAAACCGACGACUUGUAUUUCCCGCUGGUCGGGAAGCGGAAGGAAGGCUCGGAGGCUGACGAGAAUCCAUGGAGCGAGUUCUACGGCGAGCCUCGGAGGGUGGCAAUCGCUGCGUACUUCGCGGAAUCCGCGUCCAGCCUCGGCCUUGUCGAUAAGGUGGCGGCGACAAUGCAGCAUUGCCUCAAGCCGCUGGCCUUGGGCUUCUUCAAGACCAUCUUAUGGCUCCUCACCACCCGCCUCGGCACGCUGCUCUUGGCCGGCAGGAGGGCUCUCACGCCCCGGCCCCCAUUCCUGCAGCCCUUUCCGAAGCUGUCCCCGCAGGCUCGGGAGGCUGUGCUGCUGAGGUGGUCGGUCAGCAGAAAUUUCGUGUCCCGGACGAUUUUCAAGACGUUCCGCAGCUUCACGCUCUUCCAUCUGGGCGCGCAGGAUGACGGCUCUGGCGAUAAUAAAGUGUGGCGGGCCAUGGGAUACUGCGGGCCCGAUCCCAACAUGCCUGCUGCGGCUGGGAAGCAAGACAAGUGCGGCAGCAGUAAUGGCCAGCACUGCAGCAGAGACAGCUCAGCUGGCCGUGAGCCUGACGUGGCACAGCGUCCAGCUCAGCGAUCUGACAGUGGCGAGGGGAAAGCAGAGCCUGAGGAGGGAACGACCGGAGGAGGGGAGGCGAGGCCGCUAGAUGAUGCAGUGGUGGACUGUUCGGCCGAGGGGACGGCGCUGGCAGCAGCGCUUCAAGGGAAGGGCGUGGAGGUGCUGGCUGGGCCGAAGCAGACCAUAGGGCUGCUGGGCAGGAGAGACAAAGGGGGAGGAGAGCCUGUCGUGGUGCGGUGCGAUGCGGUGGUGAUCGGUUCUGGCUGUGGCGGAGCCAUCAUAGCGGCACAGCUGGCAGAGGCAGCAGCUGCUGCUGAUGGUGCGGAUGGCAGCACAAGGCAGAGGAGGGUGCUGGUGCUGGAAGCAGGAGGCUACUUCUACCGCUCUGACUUGUCACUCUUAGAAGCACCCUCCGCUGCUGAGCUGUACGACACCCAGGGGUUUUUGACCACGGAGGAUGGGGGGGUGGCGCUGCUGGCGGGGAAGGCAGUGGGCGGCGGCAGCACGGUCAACUGGUCUGCGUCAUUCCGCACACCUCCCCACGUCACCAAGGAGUGGGCGGACGAGUACGGGCUCAAGCAAUUCGAGUCGCCGGAGUAUGCAUCAGCCAUGGACUCCGUGUGCGACAAGAUCCAGGUGACAGCAGACGAGGCCAUCACCCCGCACAGCCUCAGCAACGCGGCUCUCAAGGCCGGGUGCUCUGCUCUGAGCCUCCACCACGCCAUCACCCCCCGCAACACCAACCAGCCGCACUCCUGUGGCUGGUGCACCUUUGGCUGCUGGUCAGGCGAGAAGCAGUCCAUGCUCGAAACCUGGUUACCAGACGCCGUUACCCACGGCGCCCUCAUCCUCUCCCGCUGCUCCGCCCGCCGCCUCCUCCUCUCCCCCAACCGCGCUGCCAGCAGUUCUCCUGGCAGCAGCACCGCCGGGGGGGCUGUGCGGAGGAAGCGGGUGGUGGGGGUGGAGGCGCGGAUAGAGGGAGGAGGGGAGAGCGGGCCUCAGAGAAUUGUGGUGGAGGCCGAUUUGGUGGUUGUGGCGUGCGGCAGUCUGCGCACCCCCCCUCUGUUGCUGGCCAGCGGGCUGACCAGCCGCGCCAUCGGGGCCUCCCUGCGCCUGCACCCCGUCACCUCCGCCUGGGGCUUCUUCCCCGAGGCCGCGCCCUCCCUGCCCUCCUCCCUGCCGCCCGGCCCGGGCUACGUUGGGCCCAUCAUGAGUGUCAACUCCAGGGAGGUGGCCAACUGGGAGAGCACUGGAUACGGCGCCAUGAUCCAGACCCCCACAAUGCACCCCGGGCUGCUGGGCUGCGCCGUCCCCUGGCUGGGCAGCGCCCUCGUGAAGCAGUCCAUUGCGCGCUUCGACCGUACAGCCUCACUCAUCGCCAUUGUUCGCGACCGCGGGCACGGCACGGUGGGCAUGGACGGCAGCGGGCGGCCCGUUGUGUCGUACCGGCUGUGCAAGGAGGACCAGAAGAGCAUGCAGGACGCCCUCCUGCUCUCGCUGCGCAUCCUCAGAGCAGCGGGAGCAGUGGAGGUGGGCACCCUGCACCAGUCACUCAAGCCCUUCCGCUGCCUCAUCCCGCCUGCCGACGAUGCCCGUGCAACCAGUGGCAACUUGGUUGGUAGCGGUGGCCCAGGGGAGACGCAUGGAUGGCAAUGCUCGUCAGAUGCUGAGUUUGAGGCAUAUCUAAUGUCUGUGGCUGCCGCGGGCUUCAAGCUCAAUGACUGCACGCUGUUCUCAGCACACCAGACCGGCAGCUGCCCCAUGGGUACUUCCCUCCAGAGCUCAGUUGUGGAUGAAAACGGGGAGAGUUGGGAAGUGUCUGGGCUAUUUCUGGGUGAUGGUAGCGUAUUCCCAACGCCUGUGGGGGUGAAUCCAAUGGUUUCUAUUGAGUCGGUGGCGUUCAUGAUUGGCAAAAGGCUAGCGGACAAAGUUAGGAAUGGAUAUUUAUGUGUGAAAUAGGCAUGUAUGUCACAACUUCAAGUAAUGUUAGUAAACGUUCAGGAUAAUU